AUGACGUCGUCCUACUCGGAAGCAGAUCGAGCCGUCGACCUCCGAAAGUUCCUCUUCGCUAAUAAAACUCGCAUCGUCAUCCUAUUUCUUUCGUGAGUUCCACCGAAAUGCUUCAAAAAGUCGUGGGGAGUUGAGUGAAAAAAAAAACUUCAGCCUCGUGUGCCUGUCGAACCUGCAAGCCAACACGAUCACCUUGAAUUUCACAGUCAUCUGUAUGAAUGACGUCAUCGAAGAGCAGAAGGCCAACUCGACGGAGCCUCAUUGGCUGGAGAACCAGGGCGACAUUUCGCUCGCCUUUUCUUCGGUGGCCUUUGGAGCGAUCGCUGGAACUCUGCCAAUCGUUCCUCUUUUCGACCGUUUCGGAGUACGGUAGGUGUCUCCAAAAAUCUAGACUACUGUGGAUUUCUGUUUGCAGGUACAUAUUCACAAUCUACGGACUUGUGUCGGCCGUCGGAACUCUGGCGAUGCCGUUUUGUGUCUCAAUUGGGUUCUACGCAGUUCUUUUUGCUCGAAUGUUGCAAGUUAGGAUGAAAAUUUUAUUUGAAAUCCAAUGUGAAGAAACGUAAUUUACGAACUCUAAACCGCAUAGGAAACUUCAGGGAGCCGGCUUCAGCGUGCUUUUUUCGGCCAUGGGAGCCAUCGCCGAGCGCUGGUCCGUUCUCGCGGAACUCAGCACUUAUAUCGCGAUUCUCUCCAGCUCCCUCCAAGUAAUCUCGUAGUUAAAGUCAAGUCAGGAAAUAGAACAUCUAGAUGAGCUCGAUCGUGACUAUGCCGCUUGCUGGAGUUUUGUGCGAAUCUUCUCUCGGCUGGCGUGCAUUGUACUAUUUUCUUGGUACCUUCACUCUCUUGUCGCAGAUCGUCUUCUUCUUUUUCUACCAAGACCAGCCAGGCUUGCACAGGUGGUUUUUUUGAAAACUGGAAAAGUUUCUAUUGAUUUGCCAAUGAUUCGCUUCCCAGAAACGUGAGCCACAAGGAAGUGAGGAAGAUAAGUAUUGGAAAAGCGCCAACCACGAAAACCGGAGUUCCGUACAAAGCCAUGUGUCAGAACAAAGUCGUUCUUGGAAUCUGGCUGUCGGUAAGCCUUUCGUGCUCUUCCUUGGCCUAUUCCCGUUUUCAGGCGAUAGGAGGAAAUCUCGGCUUUAUGAUGUUGCUCCAGUACGGUCCGACCUACUUGAACAAGGUUAGUUCGGUUUCAAAAGUAGAAAUAAAUCGACAUUGAAGGUCUUGCAACUCGACGUCAGAGAAACUGGGUUCGCUACAGCGCUACCGUUUGUCCUUGCCGCUCUGGUCAAAUUCGUUGCAGGACCUGUGUCCGAUAACGCCGUUUGCGUUUCUGAACGGGUUAGAGUGAUCAUGUUCGCGACAGCCUCUCAAGGAGCCCUUGCCGUCGGUUACGUCGUCAUGGCAUUAGUAAGUCUGCUGAAGAGUUGGAUUUCGAAGAGACUUCCAUUCAGACGACGAGUCGAGAGGUGGCGCAGAUUUCUUACACGGCGUCGAUCGUCAUGUCGAGCAUCAACAUCGUCGGCGUGUACAAGUGUGCUCAGAUGGUCGCGCGACAGCACGUUCACUUCGUCUUCGCCGUCAUUUCCUUCACGGCUUGUUUCAACACGUUGCUGCUGCCUUUGGCCGUGGGAUUCGCCUGUCCAGACAAUACCAGCGAGCAGGUCUGUUUCAGAACUUCUUUAAAAUGAUCAAAGUGGGAAGUACUUCUUUUCUUCCCCUUCAACAGCCCUUUUCAUAUCUUUAAAAUUUCUAUCCUCCCGAUUAACUCAACUCAAACACCUUGCUUAAUUAAGAAGUUCCACUGAUGAAUAACUCAACCAAACUGAAUUCACUGGCCGCCGAAUAAUAGGAGAAAAGCUUGCAGUGGUCACGCUUGCUCAUCGGGAUUGCUAUCAUCACGGUUAUCACCAAUAUUCCUUUCCCAUUCGUGGCCACAGUGGAACCGGCCGACUUCACGAAAACCAGAGUUUGA